GCUCCAUUCUUCAUCACAAAGUCACAAGCAUACAUCAGCUACCAGAUACAAAAACAACUCGAAAAGUUUCCGUAGUUGACUUGUGUAACUCAUCGUCUUUCUUGAUCUUGUCGUUCUUCGUCGUCGUCGUCUUGUUUAGUGUAUAAUUUGAUGGAUAGGGUGUCGAAGUUGGCGUCGCAGAAGGCGGUGGUGAUAUUCAGCAAGAGCACGUGCUGCAUGUGCCAUGCGGUGAAGAGCCUGUUCUACGAGCUCGGCGUGAGCCCGGCCAUCUACGAGCUCGACGAGGACUCGAGAGGGAAGGAGAUGGAGCGGGCCCUGGCCCGGCUCGGCUGCAGCCCUGCCGUCCCCGCCGUCUUCAUCGGGGGGAAGUUCGUCGGGUCGGCCAACACCGUCAUGACCUACCAUCUCAGUGGCUCGCUCAAGCGAAUGCUCAAGGACGCCGGCGCAUUGUGGCUCUAGUCUUUAGUUUCAAUGAGUCUUUAGUUUUUUUUUCCUUUUGCUUACCUCGGCUUGUGAAGUACAUUAACUGUACUACGAAAAAAUACAUGAAGGAAGAUUUAUGACUA